GUCGACUGCCCCGCCGCCCGCCGUGCCGCAUCCCUCGCCGCCAACUGCUCGGAGAAUCGGCGCUGCCGCCCGACUCGGCAGGAUCCGGCGCCGCCAUGCUGCUCCUCCGAAGGCACCUCCUACCUCUCCUCCGCGCAGCUACACAGCUCCCGUCCCCUACGCACCACCGCGCCUGCCUCCUCUCCGCCUCCGCCUCCGCCUCCUCCUCUGCAUCCGCCGCCCCAUUCUGCCUCGAGGAGUACCUCGUCGCCGCCUGUGGCCUCGCCCCAGCACAAGCCCGCAAGACAGCUAAGAAGGCGGUUGAUCAAGCAUCCAAAGAUGGUAACAAGAAGGCAUUCGGGGAGCUACGCUGGUCCCGCCUCAACUCCGCCUCCAACCCUAACGCCGUCCUCGCCCUGCUCUCUGGCGUGGGCCUCUCCGGCGCCGACAUCGCCGCCGUCGUCGCUGCGGACCCGCUGCUCCUCCGCUCCUCGGUGAAGAACGUCAGCCCUCGCCUCCUCGCCCUUCGCGACUGCCUCGGUCUGUCCGCUCCCCAGAUCGUUCGCUUCCUCCUGGUCGGCUCACGCGCCCUCCGCUGCUGCGAUAUCGUUCCCAGGCUGGAGUUCUUCAUCUCCCUCUUUGGCUCAUUUGAGCGGCUCCUCGUGAUUAUGAAGAAGAGCAACAGCUUCCUACUUUCGAAUUUUGAGAGGGUGAUCGAGCCUAACAUCGCGCUGCUUUGUCAGUGCGGUCUAAGUGUUCGAGAUAUUGCCCAGCUGUGUUCACGCAACCCGUGGUUGCUUACCUAUAGCCCGGAGCGCAUCAAGGAGUUCUUGCUGCGCGCGGAAGAGCUUGGGGUGCCUCGCAGCUCGCGAAUGUUCAAAAAAGCGGUGUCAGUCGUCGCAGAUAUCACCAAAGAAAAGGCUGCUCACAAGCUUAAGUUUUUGAAGAGUACUCUUGGUUGCUCCGAGAGUGAAGCUGCGAUUGCAGUGUCCAUGACGCCAACUAUUCUGCCAUUGUCUGAGGAGCUCCUUCUCCGCAAGAUACAGUUCUUCAUCAAAGAGGUUGGAAUGGAGCCUCAGUACAUUGUUGAAAGGCCUGUUCUGUUAACACAGAGCCUGGAGAAGCGGCUGGUGCCCCGGCAUUGUGUCAUGAAGGUCCUGCAGGCAAAGGGAUUGCUGAAUAGUAAAAUGGGAUUUUUCACAUUUGUUAAAAUUGGAGAGAAGACUUUCAAAUUGAAGUACAUCGACUGUCACAAGGAAUCUGUUCCUGGGCUUGCAGAUGCUUAUGCUGCAGCUAUUGCUGGUGUUGUGCCCUCUGGAAUCAAAUUUAAACAUCUUAAAAUAUUCCAAUCCUUUUUGUUCGAUGGUGUAAGUGCAACUCAUGCUCAUUAGCAGCUGGCGAUGGUGCAGCCAUUCUGAAUUCUUCUUUCUGCAGUAGAACAACUGCUGAUCUCUGGCUGCUUAUAGUCCAAGUUUAAUUGGCUAGUGCCCGGCAAGGUCCUGCAGGCAAAGAUAUUGUUGUAUCGCAAAAUUCAUUGGAUAAAAUUGGAGAGGAGGCUUUCAGAUUGAAGUUCGUUGACUGUCGCAAGGUCUCUGUUCCUAGCCUUGCAGGUUAUUAAUGCUACCUCUUCUCUUCGUGAUGUGCCCCCAAAGUCCCACUAUCUUCCUGAAAUAUU